CCCCUCUGCGGGUUAACCUGGCACAGUGCAAGGGGAGGAAAGAGAGGGUGAUCCGAAGCAGAGCCUCCGCGCCACCGCGCCGCGGCCGCCGAGCCCUCCCCUCCCCUCGCCCGCCGCGGAGGCAGCCGGCGUGUGCCUGGGGCAGCGGGUCACCAGGCUCCGCCCCCGGCCGCCCAGCCCCGCGGGACGGCACUUUGUUCAGGAUGCCGCUUCCCUCCUCAUUGUGGGGCCGGGGCCGGCGGCGGCCCUAGUGCGAGGCCGGAGAUCGGAGCGCGCGGGGGACGCCGAGACUCGUGCUAGAGGCGACCGGCCCGGGGAACCCUGGAGAAAGUUUCUUAUCCCGAGGACAGGCGCCCGGCACCGGCGCUGCUCCGGGGUAUGCGCGACUCUGCGCGGCACCGCGGCGGUGCGGACCCGGAGCCGGGGAGCGCAGGAGCGCGGGACAGUAGCCCCCGCCCUCAGCCUUGCUGACCAUGAAUGGGAUGGCCAACGUGAACUCCGCCAGCCGCCUCCACUAUGCCUCCUCCAUCCCCGUGCCUCGAGCUGCUUCCCAGACCAGGAUUCCAACACCGGGGGCUUCUCCCCAGCUGCGGCCGCGCCAGGCUGGCCUGGCCCUGAGCCCCCAGCGAGCGGCCUCCCCGAGACUGGGCAAGGCCAUGGGUCCUCCCAGAAACUCCUCUCCUAAGGCAUCCCGGGGGAGAGGCUCCCCCAAGGCAGCUGGGGCAGUGAGGGAGUCAGCUGAAGGCGGGGAAGGCCUCUCUGGCUCCCCGUGGAGCAGUCCCAGGGUAACCCCCAAAGCAGCCCUCUCCAGCCGGGCUGGGUCCAGAAGAACUGGGGAGACACUGGGCACCCAGGGCAAGAAGAAGAAAGCCCAGGAAGGAAUUCCGAUCCGCCAGCCCCGGGGCAGGAGCCCAUCCCGGACCAUCUCUCAUGAAGAAACUCAUAUCCCAGGGACUUCUGAAGGUCGAAACCCUCUAAGCUGCCCAGGAAAAGACCAAAGUGAUAUAAACUACAAAAGCUCUGGAAUCCCCAGGUCUCUGGAGCCUGAUGACAGGGCAGCGUCAGGGGCUUCCUCUCCAGUCAGCAGCCCGGCACAGAGCAAGCGCCCCUCCCCGACGCCGGGGGCCAUCAGCUUCUCCUCCGUCCAUCAGCAGAGUCAGCCAGUCACAGCCACGGUGGCCCCCUUCCAGUACAGGCUUCAGGCAGACCAGGAACCUGGCCCCCUUCCCCAGGGCAGCUGGGCCCUCGAGGGCUACUCCAACCUCACCGACAGGACAGCAGAGAACUUCUCCUGCAUGGACGCGCGGAUCGUCCAUGCGCUCCUCGCGGGCAGAAUGCUGGGCAGCAGCGUCAAGAGCGUGCAGCCCGAGGUGGAGCUGAGCGGCGGCGGCGACGAGAGCGCGGACGAGCCGCGGGACGCGGGCAGGAAGGCAGCAGCGGCGGACGGCAGAGGCAUGCUGCCCAAGCGCGCCAAGGCGCCUGGCGGCAGUGGCGGCAUGGGCAAGGCCAGCGCGGCCGAGCUGAAGGUCUUCAAGUCAGGCAGCGUGGACAGCCGAGUCCCCGGCGGGCCGCCCGCCUCCAACCUGCGCAAGCAGAAGUCGCUUACCAACCUCUCGUUCCUCACGGACUCCGAGAAAAAGCUGCAGCUGUAUGAGCCCGAGUGGAGCGACGAUAUGGCCAAGGCGCCCAAGGGUUUGGGCAAGGUGGGGCUCAAGGGCCGCGAGGCUCCGCUAAUGUCCAAGACGCUGUCCAAGUCCGAGCACUCGCUCUUUCAAGCCAAGGGCAGCCCGGCGGGCGGCGCCAAGACCCCGCUGGCCCCUCUCGCUCCCAACCUGGGAAAGCCGAGCCGGAUCCCACGCGGCCCCUAUGCCGAGGUCAAGCCGCUCAGCAAGGCGCCGGAGGCGGCUGUGAGCGAUGACGGCAAGUCGGACGAUGAGCUGCUCUCCAGCAAGGCCAAGGCGCAAAAGGGCUCUGGGCCCGUGCCCACCGCCAAGGGUCAGGAGGAGCGUGCCUUCCUCAAGGUGGACCCCGAGCUCGUGGUGACUGUGCUGGGAGACCUGGAGCAGCUGCUCUUCAGCCAGAUGCUGGACCCAGAAUCCCAGAGAAAGAGGACAGUUCAGAAUGUUCUGGAUCUUCGACAGAACCUGGAGGAGACCAUGUCCAGCCUGCGAGGGUCCCAGGUGACUCACAGCUCCCUGGAGAUGACCUGCUACGACAGCGACGAUGCCAACCCUCGCAGCAUGUCCAGUCUCUCCAACCGCUCAUCCCCUCUCUCCUGGCGCUACGGCCAGUCCAGUCCCCGGCUGCAGGCCGGCGACGCGCCCUCCGUGGGUGGCAGCUGCCGCUCAGAGGGGCCGCCCGCCUGGUCGCUGCACGGGGAGCGGGCCCACUACUCCCACACCAUGCCCAUGCGCAGCCCCAGCAAGCUCAGCCACAUCUCACGCCUGGAGCUGGUCGAGUCCCUGGACUCGGAUGAGGUGGACCUCAAGUCUGGGUACAUGAGCGACAGUGACCUCAUGGGCAAAACCAUGACGGAAGACGACGACAUCACUACCGGCUGGGAUGAAAGCAGUUCCAUUAGCAGUGGGCUCAGUGAUGCCUCAGACAACCUCAGCUCAGAAGAAUUCAAUGCCAGCUCCUCACUCAACUCACUCCCAACAACUCCCACUACUUCUCGCAGGAACUCUACAAUAGUGCUACGCACAGACUCAGAGAAGCGCUCACUGGCAGAGAGUGGGCUGAGCUGGUUUAGUGAGUCAGAGGAGAAGGCCCCCAAAAAACUGGAGUACGAUAGUGGUAGCCUGAAGAUGGAACCUGGGACUUCUAAGUGGCGGAGAGAGCGGCCUGAGAGCUGUGAUGAUUCAUCCAAGGUUGGAGACCUGAAGAAGCCCAUCAGCCUGGGACACCCUGGUUCGCUGAAAAAGGGCAAGACCCCACCAGUGGCUGUCACUUCUCCCAUCACUCAUACAGCUCAGAGUGCCCUCAAAGUUGCAGGCAAACCUGAAGGCAAAGCUACAGAUAAGGGUAAGCUUGCAGUGAAGAAUACUGGGCUGCAGCGCUCCUCUUCCGAUGCUGGCCGGGAUCGCCUGAGCGAUGCUAAGAAGCCUCCCUCAGGCAUUGCUCGCCCCUCCACUUCUGGAUCCUUUGGCUACAAGAAGCCACCUCCUGCCACGGGCACAGCCACUGUCAUGCAGACUGGUGGUUCAGCCACUCUCAGCAAGAUCCAGAAGUCCUCAGGCAUCCCUGUCAAGCCAGUGAAUGGACGCAAGACGAGUUUAGACGUGUCCAACAGUGCCGAGCCCGGAUUCCUGGCUCCCGGAGCCCGUUCCAAUAUCCAGUAUCGCAGCCUGCCCCGGCCAGCCAAGUCUAGUUCUAUGAGUGUGACCGGUGGCCGGGGUGGACCUCGCCCCGUUAGCAGCAGCAUUGACCCCAGUCUCCUCAGCACCAAGCAGGGAGGCCUUACACCCUCCAGACUGAAGGAGCCAUCUAAGGUAGCCAGUGGGCGGACCACUCCAGCCCCUGUCAAUCAGACAGAUCGGGAAAAGGAGAAGGCCAAAGCCAAGGCCGUGGCUUUGGACUCAGACAACAUCUCCCUGAAGAGCAUUGGCUCCCCAGAGAGUACUCCCAAGAACCAAGCCAGCCACCCCCCAGCCACCAAGUUGGCCGAGCUGCCACCAACCCCUCUCAGGGCCACAGCUAAGAGCUUUGUCAAGCCACCCUCACUAGCCAAUCUAGACAAGGUCAACUCCAACAGUCUGGAUCUACCAUCCUCCAGUGACGCCCAUGCUUCGAAGGUCCCAGAGCCACAUGCUGCAAGCUCAGCAGCUGGGGGCCCUCUCCCUUCUUGCUUCACCCCAAGUCCAGCACCUAUCCUGAAUAUUAACUCAGCCAGCUUCUCCCAGGGCCUGGAGCUAAUGAGUGGUUUCAGUGUCCCGAAGGAAACCCGCAUGUACCCCAAACUCUCAGGCCUGCACAGGAGCAUGGAGUCCCUCCAGAUGCCAAUGAGCCUGCCCAGUGCCUUCCCCAGCAGUACUCCCAUCCCCACCCCACCCGCUGCACCCCCAGAAGAAGAGAGAGAAGAGUUGACCUGGAGUGGGAGCCCCAGAACUGGACAGUUGGACAGUAACCAGCGGGAUCGAAACACCCUUCCCAAGAAAGGCCUCAGGUACCAGCUUCAAUCUCAGGAGGAGACCAAGGAGAGGCGACACUCCCACACCAUUGGUGGGCUGCCGGAAUCGGACGACCAAUCAGAGCUGCCUUCCCCACCUGCACUUUCCAUGUCCUUGAGUGCAAAGGGCCAGCUUACCAACAUAGUGAGUCCCACUGCGGCCACCACGCCAAGAAUCACCCGCUCCAACAGCAUCCCCACCCACGAGGCGGCCUUCGAGCUGUACAGCGGCUCCCAAAUGGGGAGCACCCUGUCCCUGGCCGAGAGACCCAAGGGAAUGAUUCGGUCAGGAUCCUUCCGAGAUCCCACGGACGAUGUUCAUGGCUCCGUGCUGUCCCUGGCCUCCAGUGCCUCCUCCACUUACUCCUCAGCUGAGGAGAGGAUGCAAUCUGAGCAAAUCCGGAAGCUUCGAAGGGAACUAGAAUCAUCCCAGGAAAAAGUGGCCACCUUGACGUCUCAGCUUUCUGCCAAUGCCAAUCUAGUGGCUGCUUUUGAGCAGAGCCUGGUGAAUAUGACAUCCCGACUGCGACACCUGGCAGAGACAGCAGAGGAGAAGGAUACUGAACUGCUGGAUUUGCGAGAAACCAUAGACUUUCUGAAGAAAAAGAACUCGGAAGCUCAGGCAGUCAUUCAGGGAGCCCUUAAUGCCUCAGAAACCGCACCCAAAGAACUGCGGAUCAAGAGACAGAACUCCUCAGACAGCAUCUCUAGCCUCAACAGCAUCACCAGCCAUUCCAGCAUUGGCAGCGGCAAGGAUGCUGAUGCAAAGAAGAAGAAAAAGAAGAGUUGGGUCUAUGAGCUUCGAAGUUCCUUCAACAAAGCCUUCAGUAUAAAGAAGGGACCCAAGUCAGCUUCCUCAUACUCUGAUAUUGAGGAGAUUGCCACACCUGACUCCUCAGCCCCUUCAUCCCCCAAACUACAGCAUGGUUCCACAGAGACUGCAUCACCCUCCAUCAAGUCCUCCAACUCAUCUUCUGUUGGCAUUGAUGUCACCGAGGUCCCUGCUCACUCGGUUCCCCAUACUAGGCUCUUCCAUGCCAGUGAGGAGGAGGAGCCAGAGAAGAAGGAAGUAUCAGAGCUGCGUUCUGAGCUAUGGGAGAAAGAGAUGAAACUUACAGACAUCCGCUUAGAAGCCCUCAACUCUGCCCACCAACUGGACCAGCUUCGGGAGACCAUGCACAACAUGCAGUUGGAGGUGGACCUGCUGAAGGCGGAGAAUGACCGACUGAAGGUAGCUCCAGGCCCCUCAUCAGGCUCCACUCCAGGGCAGGUCCCUGGAUCAUCUGCUUUAUCAUCCCCUCGCCGCUCCUUGGGCCUUGCACUCACCCAUUCCUUCAGCCCAAGUCUCACAGAUACAGACCUGUCACCUAUGGAUGGCAUCAGCACUUGUGGUCCAAAGGAGGAAGUGACCCUUCGGGUGGUGGUGAGGAUGCCUCCCCAGCACAUCAUCAAAGGGGACUUGAAACAGCAAGAAUUCUUCCUGGGAUGUAGCAAGGUCAGUGGAAAAGUUGAUUGGAAGAUACUGGAUGAAGCUGUUUUCCAAGUAUUCCAGGACUAUAUUUCCAAAAUGGACCCAGCUUCUACCCUGGGACUAAGCACCGAGUCCAUCCACGGUUACAGCAUCAGCCACGUGAAACGAGUGUUGGAUGCUGAGCCCCCAGAGAUGCCUCCUUGCCGCCGAGGUGUCAAUAGUAUAUCCGUCUCCCUCAAAGGUCUGAAGGAGAAAUGCGUCGACAGCCUGGUGUUUGAGACGCUGAUUCCCAAGCCGAUGAUGCAGCACUACAUAAGUCUCCUGCUCAAGCACCGACGCCUCGUCCUCUCGGGCCCCAGUGGCACGGGCAAGACCUACCUGACCAAUCGCUUGGCUGAGUACCUAGUGGAGCGCUCCGGCCGCGAGGUCACCGAGGGCAUCGUCAGCACCUUCAACAUGCACCAGCAGUCUUGCAAGGAUCUGCAACUGUAUCUUUCCAACCUGGCCAACCAAAUAGACCGGGAAACAGGAAUUGGGGAUGUUCCCCUGGUGAUCCUAUUAGAUGACCUGAGUGAAGCAGGCUCCAUCAGUGAGCUGGUGAAUGGGGCCCUCACCUGCAAGUAUCACAAAUGCCCCUAUAUCAUAGGUACCACCAAUCAGCCUGUAAAAAUGACACCCAACCAUGGCUUGCACUUGAGUUUCAGGAUGCUGACCUUCUCCAACAACGUGGAGCCAGCCAAUGGCUUCCUGGUUCGUUACCUGAGGAGGAAGCUGGUAGAGUCAGACAGCGACAUCAAUGCCAACAAGGAAGAGCUGCUUCGGGUGCUCGACUGGGUACCCAAGCUGUGGUAUCAUCUCCAUACCUUCCUUGAGAAGCACAGCACCUCAGACUUCCUCAUCGGCCCUUGCUUCUUUCUGUCCUGUCCCAUUGGCAUUGAGGACUUCCGGACCUGGUUCAUUGACCUGUGGAACAAUUCUAUCAUUCCCUACCUGCAGGAAGGAGCCAAGGAUGGAAUCAAGGUCCAUGGACAGAAAGCCGCAUGGGAGGACCCAGUGGAGUGGGUCCGGGACACUCUUCCCUGGCCGUCAGCCCAACAAGACCAAUCAAAGUUGUACCACCUGCCCCCGCCCACUGUGGGUCCUCACAGCAUUGCCUCACCUCCCGAGGAUAGGACUGUCAAAGAUAGCACCCCAAGUUCUCUGGACUCGGACCCUCUGAUGGCAAUGCUGCUGAAACUCCAAGAAGCUGCCAACUACAUUGAGUCUCCAGAUCGAGAAACCAUCCUGGACCCCAACCUCCAGGCAACACUCUGAGGGUCUAGCAGUCACUGUCACCCCAGACAGCAGAACAGGCUGGCAUCAGCUAUGUUAGCUCCUCCUCUUCCCCCUCUUCUUUCUGAGCACUGGCUCUCCAGCCCUAAGAGGAGACCAGGAGGCAGAAGGAGGUGAAAGAAGAGGAGCAGGUUCUUGGUGCUGCACCUUUGAGAACCUCCUACGGAGGACUGGGGGGGUGAAAUUUGGGAACUUGUGUCCUCUAGAUAUAUUUACCGGCCUCCCCUCAUGACUGUGGGAAAAAGAUGAUUCUGGGUCUUUUUACUUGAUUUCCUGUCUCAAUUACAAACUCCUGGGCUUUCUGGGGAGGGAUUCAGAAGACAUCAAAAAACCUACAGCAGUUCCUAAUUGGUUCUCAUGAACAACUGUGAGAGAGACAGUCUGGUAUGGGGAAAUCUGAGGGAGGCAGGAAGCUCCCGAGAUUUCCUCACAGACCCCUCCCAAUUCCAUCACCACUGCCAACAGCUCUUCCCCAGAGAGCUGGCUGGAGCCCAGGAAAAGAAGCAUGUGGUUUUAAAAAAAUGUUUAAAUCAGCCUGUAAAAGGUGAAAAAUGGAAAAGAAUCUGGAGGUAGGGGAACCAGUUGCCAAGGUAGAGAGAGACCUGCCCUCUGGAUGACACAGGGGAUGUUGACAAGACGGCUGCCAAUCUAAGAAGUCACCAAACCACAUAAACAACAUUACAGCCUUCAGAGAAAGACUGUUAACUUUGUCUUUAUACCCUCUAAUUUAACAUGCAUGAGAGAGUUAAUAAACCCUCCUUUUUUUAUUUUUUA